AUGCUAUUUACUCAACUAAUAAUUUUACUUACAGUUACAUCUCAAGCUUUAUCUGUCACCAUUUCAGAUCUUAAUAAUAUCGCCUCAAAUCAAGUUACCAAGCGAUUGGGUGGUGGUUCUAGAGGUGGUUCCAGUAGCGGUUCUAGGGGUGGUUCAAGCAGUGGCUCUAGCAGUGGCUCUAGCAGUGGUUCUAGAGGUGGUAGUUCAAGUGGCAGCUCGAGCAGUGGCUCCAGAGGUGGUGGCUCGGGUAGCAGUAGUUCAUCCGGUAGUAGAAAUUGGGGAAGUAAUCAAUACCAUUGUAGUGGAAACUCAUGUGGAUAUGGUAAUUACUAUGCACCAUCUACAGCAGCAGCAGCAGUAGGAUAUGGUACUGGCCGCUAUACCGGAGGAACUCAAUAUGGAAAUAAUCAGUACCAUUGCUCAGGAAGCACUUGUGGAUAUGGGAAUUAUUUUGCACCAUCAGCAGCUGCAGCUGCAGCCGGAUACGGUUCAGCAAGAUAUUAUGCUCAGCACCAUAAUUCAACUUCCAGUGAAAGUGAAACUAUUUCCGGAUCAUCAUCACUAAAUAUUCCUUCUACCCAUUUUUAUUUAAUAGGUUUUGCUGCUGCAUACUCGAUUGUAUUAUAA